AUGGCGCACCUUCGACCGCUCAUGGCGCCCGUAUACGUCCCUGGAACCGAACCGCUACCGCCGGGAGUCACGGAGGAAGAUCGAGCCGAGAUGGCCAAGAUCGCCAAGUGGAACAAGAUUGCGAACAUGGCCAUGGAGUCGUGCCCGACCAAGUGCGCGUUCUCGGGUGCUGCGGGGUUUGGAUUGGGGGCAUUCUUCUCGCUCAUGUCGACGAGUUUUGCCGUGGACGAUCCGUUGAGGAGAACGACGCUAGCGGCGAACGGCCUGAGCGGCGCUGCGGGAGCGGGCGAUAUGACGACAAUGCAGAGUACGAAAGAGUUUUUCAAGCAAACCGGCAAGUCUAUGUACAGGAGCGGUAAAGGCUUCGGUAAAGUCGGUGCGCUGUAUAGCGGUAUCGAGUGCUGUAUCGAGGCGUACCGCGCCAAGAACGAUCUGGUCAACCCAGUAGCAGCGGGUUUUGCAGCCGGCGCCAUCUUGGCCAGAAACUCUGGUCCGAAAGCUGCGAUCGGCGGUGGUGUUGCUUUCGCCGCCUUCUCCGGCGCCAUCGACAUGUACUUACGGAGGGAGGCACCGGAUGAUGCUUAG